CACAGCAUGACAAGCUACACAGAUAAAGGGGAGAAGCACGCAAGGGGAAGGUUUGUCAAGUUUCAUCACAUCACCUUCUGGGUCGGCAAUGCUAAGCAGGCGGCCUCCUUCUACUGUGAUAAGAUGGGCUUCGAGCCUUUGGCCUAUAAGGGUCUGGAGACGGGCAGCAGAGAGGUGGUGUCGCAUGUCAUCAGACAGGAUAAGAUAAUAUUUGCUUUUGAAUCAGCGCUUAAUCCUGGAAAUGAAGAGAUGGGAGAACACUUGGUGAAGCAUGGAGACGGAGUCAAGGACAUCGCUUUCCAAGUGGAGGACUGCGACUUCUUAGUCAAGACAGCUAAAGGGCGAGGAGCUGUGAUCGUGAAGGAGCCCUGGGUGGAUCAGGAUGGCCAGGGGAGGAUCAAGUGUGCCGUGCUUCAGACGUAUGGAGAUACAACUCACACACUGGUUGAGUACCUCAGUCCCUACAAAGGCCUCUUCCUGCCAGGCUACAAAGAGCCUCCGUUUAAGGAUCCUCUGUUAGCCAAACUUCCACUGGCAGGUUUGCACUUCAUCGAUCACAUUGUGGGAAAUCAGCCAGACGACCAAAUGGUGCCAGUGACAGACUGGUAUGAGAAGUGUUUGAUGUUCCACCGGUUCUGGUCAAUAGACGACAAGCAGAUCCACACGCAGUACAGCUCACUGAGGUCCGUAGUGGUGACCAACUAUGAGGAGACCAUCAAGAUGCCCAUCAAUGAACCUGCAAGGGGGAAGAAAAUGUCACAAAUCCAGGAAUAUGUGGACUACAACGGGGGCCCAGGUGCUCAGCACAUCGCCCUGAACACGUCAGACAUUAUCCAAGCUGUGGUGAACCUGCGCGCCCGGGGGAUGGAGUUCCUCUCAGCGCCUGACAAGUACUACGACAACCUGCGGCUGAAUCUCAAAACCGCCAAGAUCAAGGUGAAGGAGGACCUGGACCGUUUACAGGAAUUGAAAAUCUUAGUUGAUUUUGACGACAAUGGCUACCUCCUCCAAAUCUUCACCAAACCCGUGCAGGACAGACCGACUCUCUUCCUGGAGGUCAUUCAGCGGCACAACCACUUUGGCUUUGGGGCAGGAAACUUCAAGUCUCUCUUUGAGGCCAUUGAGAAGGACCAAGAAGCCCGUGGCAACCUCACCUAGAUGACACCCGACAGGCAAGCCAAAGCCUCGAACUGAUGCUUGCCUGCUGCUGCCAAACCACACCAAAUAUCAUUGUACGUCUCAACAUCGCUAUAAAACACAUGUACCGAGUGUUGAUUAUCUUCAUGAGAUUGACUGCUAUUAGGUAUGUUGCUUAUAGAUUGCAUGCUGUACGACUAAAUAAAGAUACUCAAGUUCAUGAAGGUUGGUUAGUAUUUGGGAAAUAGAAUCAUUUCUAAAGGAAAAGUUCAACAAUUUGGAAAGUAUUUGCUUGUUUGCCAAAGUUACAUGAGAAAAUUGAUACCAAUCUGUAAAUGAUGAUGAAAGUCCUGCUUUAAAAAUUGUACUUUAUUAAAAAAUAUAUAUAUGGAAAAUGAAAA